AUGAGGGCGGCCGGUCUUUUCGGCCGUUUCUGUCUCAAACACGGACUCUUGCGCGUGUCUUCACGACAUUCCUGUAACCCGCUAUGGCUUCGUCAAUCGCGAAAAGGCACCUUGCGAAAAGCCCCCAUCAUAGGCGGGGUGCUCAUGUCCGCUUUGGCGCCAGCAGCCUUUCUGAAACUGGCAGAAGAGAAUGAUGAUCAUAAUAAAACGGCGGAAAUGCAGAUGCUUGAGGCUUCGCGCGAAGAAGUUCGAAAGACGGUUUCACCUGAUGCGCAAGGCAUCUCACGGUUCUGCCAGACAAUAUGGGUUUAUUUCUAUUGUUAUAUAUAUGAUCCUAUUGCUACAGGGUUUCGUUUUGUCCACCUCGCCAUGAUAUUCAUUCCGGUCGUCGCCACAGUGCCGGCUAUCUGGCUUGGUCGCAGUCUGCAAGACCGGAAUGGCGCGCGGUCUGGCACCCUGUGGUGGUAUCGGUUCUUGGUAAGGGCAAUGGAGCGGGCUGGCCCUGCAUUUAUCAAGCUCGGACAAUGGGCUGCGUCACGAACAGAUAUCUUUCCACCGGAAAUGUGCAAUAUAAUGUCAUCACUUCACUCAAAUGCUCCCGCUCAUUCACUUCACCAAACGAAACGUAUUAUCCGCAAGGCAUUCAACGGACUGCCAUUCGAGGACAUAUUUGAAGAGUUCCAGGAGGAACCACUAGGGGUUGGAGCGAUUGCACAGGUCUACAAGGCAAAGUUGAAACCGAGCCUCGCCGCAACCAAUGAAGAGGAAAUGGGCAUUAAACCACCAACGCUGGGCGAGAAGGUUCGGAAGAACGUUGAUGUGCUGGUCAAGAGUUCCCCGCAGCGGGUGCCAUCAUCGUAUGUCGCGAUCAAAGUACAACACCCCAGGGUUGAGCAGAUGAUACACAGGGACUUGCGAAUCAUGUCGUUUUUCGCCCAUAUGAUCAAUGCCAUUCCCACAAUGCACUGGCUGUCUUUCCCCGACGAAGUCCAACAGUUCGGACAAAUGAUGAAACUACAACUAGAUCUCCGCAUUGAAGCUACCAAUCUCGUCAUAUUUCGCAAGAAAUUCAAUUCUCGCACUACCGCUUGGUUCCCAUACCCAUACUUAGAAUACACCACCCGCGAGGUGUUGGUUGAGGAGUUUGCCCAGGGCAUCCCGUUGGCCACCUUUUUGGAUAUCGGGGGAGGUGUAUAUCAGCACGAUAUUGCCAAUGAAGGUCUGGAUGCAUUCUUACAUAUGCUGCUCAUCGAUAAUUUCGUCCAUGCCGACCUUCAUCCGGGAAACAUCAUGGUUCGUUUCUACCGACCUAGCGAACUGGAUCUCUCCCUCGGCAAGCAUUCACGCGCGUUCGAUGCCCCGACGCGGGCCGAAGUCGAUGUGACCGACGCAGUUCUUAAGCGGUUACGCCCACAUCUCAGUAACCCUGAUGAUUGGAAUGCUGCUCUCUCCCAACUCAAUUACGAGGGAUAUCGACCACAACUGAUCUUUAUUGACACUGGUCUUGUCACCCAACUGAAUGAUAAGAACCGACGGAACUUCCUAGACCUCUUUAGAGCCAUUGCCGAAUUCGAUGGAUACCGAGCCGGCCAGCUCAUGGUCGAGCGAUGUCGGACACCAGAGGAAGUUAUCGAUCCGGAGGUCUUUGCCUUGAAAAUGCAGCAUUUGGUUCUGAGCAUUAAGUCUCGAACCUUUGCCCUGGGAAGUGUCAAGAUUGGAGAUAUUUUGAGUGAGGUAUUGACCAUGGUCCGCGGGCACCACGUCCGGUUUGAAGGGGAUUUCGUCAAUGUUGUAAUUUCAUGUCUUCUGCUUGAAGGAAUAGGGCGCAGUCUGAACCCCAACCUAGAUCUAUUCAAGAGUGCACUUCCUAUUCUCCGGCAGCUAGGAUCCGGGAGUACACUAAUUCAAUCUGUGCGCUCGGGCGAUUACUCGAUGCUCUGGGUUUGGGUCGGCUUGGAAGCUCGUGGAAUGCUGCAGGCCAGCAUCGAGAGUGUUGAGCAUUGCGUCAAAUACGAUCAAUUGUCUCCUAAUAUAUGA